CAAUGAGCGCAAAGUAUUGUAUAACCAACAGACCAAUCAGGAUGACAGAAGUGCGCAUGCGCGUUACAGUAGUAUUCUGUAACAUGCAUUCCGGUUACUUGUGCUUGUUUGAACAUAAGUUUGGAGUGAGAUCUAAACAGAAGGUUAAAUGAAGGAAAUGGGGACCAUUCAGAAGAUGAUCAACAUUAGCAGGGCAUCAGUGCGCUUUCUUGCCCCAUCACUGAAUGCGCAAUGGACCGGGAUGCUGAACCGAAGCUGUUCCAGCUCCUCGUCAGAGAAACAGGCUCCUAAUCCGUCCAUGCUGAGGCAUCUGGUGUCCAAAAUUACAGCCACAGGUCCCAUCACGGUGGCUGAGUACAUGCGUGAAGUCCUCACUAACCCAGUCUCGGGAUAUUAUGUGAAGAAUGACAUGCUGGGAGCUGAUGGAGAUUUUAUCACAUCACCAGAAAUAAGCCAGAUUUUUGGAGAGUUGCUUGGUAUCUGGUGUGUAAGCGAGUGGAUGGCUGCAGGAAAACCCAAAGCAUUUCAGCUUGUAGAACUCGGACCAGGACGAGGCUCCUUGACCAGUGACAUCCUGAGGGUCUUCGGUCAGUUGCAGUCAGCUCUGUGUGGGGCGUCAGUGUCUGUUCACCUGGUGGAGGUGAGCCCAAAGCUAAGCGAGGUCCAGGCUCACUGUCUGGCUGGAGAAAACACUCAGGUGUGUGUGAGUGAUGAAGAGUCUGUGUACCGCACUGGCACCACACACACCGGCGUCCCUGUCUCAUGGUACCGCAGGAUAGACGACGUUCCCAGAGGCUUUAGUAUAUUCUUGGCUCAUGAGUUUUUCGAUGCCCUGCCCAUUCACAAGUUCCAGAGAACAGAGAAGGGUUGGAGAGAAGUGAUGGUUGAUAUCGACCCUGACAAACCUGAUAAGCUCAGAUUUGUGGUGUUUCCUGCCCCUACUCUCGCAUCUACUACACUCAUACAAGCGGAUGAGCAGCGAGAACACGUGGAGGUUUGCGCAGAAGGCGGAGUCAUUGUUCAGAAGUUGGCCAAUCGGGUCUCGGAGGACGGGGGCGCGGCACUGAUCGCAGACUACGGUCACGACGGAACGAAGACGGACACGUUCAGAGGCUUUAGAGGACACAAACUGCAUGACGUGCUGGAGGCUCCAGGCAGCGCAGACCUGACCGCAGACGUUGACUUUAGUUAUCUGAGGAAGAUGGCUGGAGACGCAGUGGUCUGCUUCGGACCCAUCACACAGAGAGCUUUUCUCAAGAACAUGGGCAUUGAUACACGCCUGCAGGUCCUGCUGAGAAGCUGCAAUGACUCCUCCACCCGAGCUCAGCUCGUUCAUGGCUACAGCAUGCUGACUGAUCCGGAGAAAAUGGGCCACAGGUUCCAGUUCUUGUCGCUGCUGCAUCCCAGUCGUCUGGCUCAGCCGGAGGAGGAGAACGGAGUCAUGAUGAAGAGAAGGAGGAACGGCACAGCGCCGCUCACUGUCGCUGGAUUCACUGAGCUCGGACUAAACUGAGAGCCGACUCAAAACCCAUCGCUUCUCCACAGUAAUGCAGAAACUGUUUUACACUGAACAUUUCUGUACUAUUCUUGUGUAGUACAGUAAGAAGAGUCAGAUGAUGGACUAUAUUUUCUGAGCAAAAGAAGUGCACUUUUUCCACUAGACUAGCCCAUCAUCUAACAUUUUAGAGAAGUGGAAAUACUUAUAAGAUAACUGAGCACCUGAUAGGCUAGCAAUGAUUGAUGUAGUUUUUCUGCGAUGCCAACUUUGUUUCUGUCGCAAAAGUCUGGAUAUAAAUGGACUGUACAAAAUAAAAAUACACAGAACAAUGAGCACUGAUGGGUAAUUUACAACCCCUGGCAAAAAUGAUGGAAUCACCACACUUGGAGGAUGCUCACCCGGAUUUUUUACUUCGUAGCAAAUAAACAAAUCACAGAUAUGACCCAAAACAAUUUUUUGUUUAAUAGCUGAACAAUCUGGUUUCAUGAGACAUACCUCAAACGAAUUAAAUUAAAUUGUUUUAAUUAAUGGCGUAUUUUUUUCCAGAUCAAGUAGAGGAAAAAAAUAUGGAAUCACUCAAUGCUGUGGAAUAAAAAUUAUGGAAUCAUCAAAAAAAAAAAAAAAAAUCACAAUUAGUACUUUGUUGCUCCUCCUCUGGCUUUUAUGACGGCCUGAAUUAUUUGAGGAAUGGAUUUCAGUAAUGAAAAAUAAUAUUUUCCAUCAAGCUGGUUCCAACUUUCUCAAAUAGCAGUUGACAGAUCAGCUUCGCAGGAUGGAGCCUUGUCCUGGACCAGUUUUUUUUUUUAUUUCCACCAUAAAUGUUCAAUGGGAUUGAGAUUCGGACUGUUUGCUGCCAUGUCACUGACUUGAUCUGCCUUUCCUGAAGAAAAGCUUUAAUACUCUUUGCUCUAUUGCAAUAUGCAUUAUCAUCCUAAAAAAUGACCUCAUCAUCAUCAAACCUAUUUGGAAUGAGAAAAGUGUCCAGAAUUUCAGUGUACACCUGUGCGUUAACUGUUGAGGUCUCCACUGGUGCUUUAUCUGACAUGCAACACCAUAUCAUAAAUGAGGGGGGAAAUUUGAUUGUUUUCUUCAGGCCGGCAUCAAAAGUUCCAGCAUCAUCUCCUUGGCCAAUGCAGAUUCGUGAUUCAUCACUGAAUAUCUCUUUCAUCCAAUCAUCACACUCCAUAAUCGCUUCUCUUUAGCCCUUUAGCUCAUUAACCUUGUUUUCUUCCGUUUAGGUGUUAGUACUGCUUUUCUAUACGUAAAUCCAAUUUCAUUCAGCCCAUUUCUUACAGUUCUGUCACAAAUACUGACUCUUGUCAUUUGUUUUGUUAUUCACUGGGGGCAGUGGUUUCUUGGUGGUUAAGGCUCUGGGUUACUGAUCAGAAGGUCAGGGGUUAAAGCCCCAGCACUGCCAAGCUGCCACUGUUGGGCCCUUGAACAAGGCCCUUAACCCUCUCUGCUCCAGGGGUGCUGUAUUAUGGCUGACCCUGCGCUCUGACCCCAGCUUCCUGACAUGCUGGGGUAUUUGAAGAAAAGAAUUUCACUGUGCAUAUGUAUACCUGAUCAAUAAAGACUCAUUAUCAUUUUCUACUUUCAAGGCAUACUGCUUUGAAUUUUCUAUCCUGACGUUUUGACGUCUUGCUUGGUCAACCCAUAUGUUUUCCUUUUAUAACCUUCCCAUUUUGUUUAUAGUUGCACCAAAUUCUAGACACAGCAGACUGGGAACAACCGACAUCUUUUUGCCACACUCCGUGUCAGAUUUCCUUCUUGAAGGAGUUUUAAAACCCUUUCCACUGUUUCAACUGACAACUCUCUUGUUGGGGCCACGUUUCCUUUCAAAAAGUCCAAGGUUAAGGUCUGUAAGCACUCUCUUUUAACUGCAGACGAAUUUGCAUUUUUAGACUUAUACUAUUUGUUUUUGAAAUGCAAAUUACAAGGUGAUUCCAUCAUUUUUUUCCUCUACUUGAGCUGGAUAAGAAAAAAAAAAUGGCAUUAAUUAACGCAUCAUUUCAUUUAACUUGUUUGAGAUGUGUUUCAAGAAGCCAGAACGUGCAGCUGUUAAACAAAAAUAGUUUUGUCUAACUGUGAUUUGUUUAUUUGCUAUGAAGUAAAAAAAUCCAGGUGAGCAUCCUCUAACACCAUCAGUCUCUUCUGGAUUUCAAAUUGAUUUCUCAAAGUCUUAUUUGGUGCGUAAUAUCCAGAUUUGUUUGCUGCAUGGUGUUUAUGUUGAAUAGAGCACUGUGUCUAGGCCAGUGUUUCUCAUCAGUCUAUGCCUUCAUGAUGGAAUCUAAUUUUGCUGCAGAGCAAUUUUCUUAAAUUCAAUCAUGUUUUAUAGAGGCCUUUAAACACUUUCUGCAUCACUAAACACUGAAUCCCUGAAAGCUUUGGGAAAACCAUACAAUUCAGUUGGGGUUCUGAGCACACUGCACUGUUGUGUCUCAGAUACAGUGAAUCAAAUGCUUUUCAAGGCUUUUCCAUUAUUUAACUAUUUCUGUUAUAUAGUUUAUAUAGUAUAUGUGAUAAUGUCAAAUCCAAAUGCUAUACUGUAGCCAUGAGGGAAUGAACUCAGAUCUUCUUAUCCAUCCAUCAGCAUGCUGCAGAAAGAACUUAGAUUCAUCGGACCAGGCAACUUUUUUACAACUUCUCAACAGUCCACUGUGGUUCCAAUGAAGAUGCACUUUUUUUUUCUUCGCUGAGAACAUUGACAUCCAACAUGGUCUUUUAAGAUAACGUGUAAUACGUGCUGUGUUCUGAUAUAUGACUUGCUUGGUUGCAGUCAGUUAGUUUACAUAGAAAUGCUCUUUCCAUUGUCAUGUCAUGCUCCGUAUGCUGUGUUUUGCAACACUCUGUAAACCUUUUAGAAAAAGUAAAAAAAAAAAAAAAUGAAUCAUGGACAAAA